CCCUCCCCGCCGCAGAGAUGGCCUCGACGGCGUCGCUGGAGACCGUCAUGCCUUCGCCCUGCGUCCGCAGCGGAGCCGCCAACCCGGCCAAGGCGCUGGCCUUCUCCAUCGAGCGCAUCAUGGCCAAGGGCUCCGAGCCGGCCCAGCCCUACAAGCCCGCCGCCGCCGCCGCCGCCGCCUUCGAGGCGAGGCGCGCCGACUCGCCCCACAAGAAGCUGCUGGGCCUCUGCUCGCCCAUCCCCUGCGUGAUCCCCAUCCAGCCCCUGGCCGGCUACGAGGCGCCCUCCAAGGCGCUGCUCAGCUACUCGGAGCUCUGGAAGAGCAGCCUGCGGCAUUGCUCGACGGCGGCGGCGGCGGCCUUCUGCAAAGCCAGCUGCGGCGUCUGCUGCAAGGGGGGCGAGGGGCUGCCGCCGCUGGCCCCGGCCGGCCCGGCCCGGGUGAUCAAGCCGCAGGCGCUGGCCGUGCCGCCCAACGGCGCAGGCCUCUACUACUUCAACUACCUGGAGUCGGCCGCCUACUCGCCGUCGGAGCUGCUGCCCGGCCAGCUCUUCCCCUCGGGCCUGCUGCACUCGCCCGGCCCGGCCGCCGCCGCCGCCGCCCUGGCGGCUCACCAGAAGCUCCUCCUGCUGGAGAACGCCAAGCUGGCCGGCCUGGCCGCCCCGCCGUCGGACAAGUUCCCCAACGCCCAGUUCCCGCACAAGGAGCGGCUGCCCGGCCAGCUGGACCAGGUCAUGAAGGAGAACUCGGCCCUGGCCGCCGACCGCAGCGCCGCCGCCGCCGCCAAGGGCCACCACCACCACCCCAAGCUGGGCGCCUCCGCCGGCGGGGGCGCCUCGGCCGACGGCAAGCCCAAGAACUUCACCUGCGAAGUGUGCGGCAAGGUGUUCAAUGCCCAUUAUAACCUGACCCGCCACAUGCCGGUUCACACGGGCGCCAGGCCCUUCGUUUGCAAAGUCUGCGGGAAAGGCUUCCGCCAGGCCAGCACCCUCUGUAGGCACAAAAUCAUCCACACACAGGAAAAACCUCACAAGUGCAACCAGUGCGGGAAAGCUUUCAAUAGAAGUUCCACGUUAAACACCCACAUUAGGAUCCACGCGGGCUACAAACCUUUCGUGUGUGAAUUUUGCGGCAAAGGAUUUCAUCAAAAAGGGAACUACAAGAACCACAAGCUGACCCACAGCGGCGAGAAGCAGUACAAGUGCACCAUCUGCAACAAAGCCUUCCACCAGAUCUACAACCUGACCUUCCACAUGCACACGCACAACGACAAGAAGCCCUUCACCUGCGGCACCUGCGGCAAAGGCUUCUGCCGGAACUUUGACCUGAAGAAGCACGUGCGGAAGCUCCACGACCCCGCCGCGCCCGCCGCUGCCCCCAAGGAGCUCCCGCGGACCGGGCAGAGCUAG